AUGCAAACUCUCCUAACUGCUAUUGGCAAAAUGAGGGGAUGUGUAAGACAGGUUGAAAAUUUAAAUCCAAGCGGUGCUUCUGAACAAGAUAUUUUCAAUCGGGCUAAAGUGUUGUUUGCUCAGGAUAAGAAUUAUAAGAAGGGAUUCAAAUUCGAUCAUGUAUGGCCCAUCUUGAAAGAUAUCGAAAAAUUUGCAGAUGUUAAUGCUGGAAUUCAAGUGGGACGUAUGCAACAUGGUAACUUUGCAUCAUCACAAUCAGAGUACUCUCCCACUUCAGACUCUCCCACACAAGCAUCUCCUGGACUGGCUUCAUUCGAUUUUAAUAUGAAUGACAAUGAUUUUGGUGGUACUUCAACUGAAAGACCUAUAGGGGUACGGAAAGCAAAAUUUAAAAAGAGAAAUGAUGAAGAAAGUUCUAAGUUUAUGGAGUAUAUGAAAGAAGAGAAUCAAAAAAUGCUUGCAAUUAUGGAAAAAAAUAAUGCUGAUAGGCAACUAAAUUAUGAAAUCCAAAUGUUACGAGCUCAAACUGCAGCCAAAAAAGUGGACGUGGAAGAAUUACGAGAAGAAAAUUUAAUUUUACUGAAAGAUUUGACACAAGUAACUGAUCCAAAACUACAUGAGUUUCUUGUACAAGAACAAUCAAGAAUUAUGCAUAAAAGAACUAAACAAUGUGAAGGAUCUCAAAAUACCGGUUCUGGUAUUUUUGCCCAAUAUUUUGAGCAUCUUCGUCCUUCUGAUGAUAAUUUCCCAGAAUACUAA